AUGCAACAUUUAGUGAACUUUUUGAACAGUGAACAUGCAUUAAAUGUUGAUAUAUUAACAGAAAAGUUCAUAUCAGAAAGUGUACUAGCAUUAUUUUUUCAUUUAAAAGGCACAUAUCCAUUUAAUUGUCAAUCUGGUUUAUUCACAUUAAGAGAAUCAAUAGCAACUCCUGAAUUCACGCCUAAAUCAUUAAAAAGCCUUCUUAAGCCUGCUUUAGAAGCUGCAAACGAUUUAUUUAUUAUCAAAUCUUUUAUUUCUCGAGAAACCAAAUCGUCUUUAAUUUCAGCCUUACAAGAUGCAAUACAGACAUAUAUUGUUACUCCAUUUUAUCAAUUUACAGAAAACUCUCGCACAGAUAUUAUUUUGGAUUUUUUAGUUAAAAUGAAACCGCAAUUCAAAGAACUCAGAAUUACACGCCAACUUGUAUUAGAUCCUCAAGCUGUAGAAAAAGUAUUUACACUUGCCAGAAAUGGUUAUAAACCAAUGAUGAACGUCGCAGUUUGUCUUUUGAAGUACUAUGCAGAGCAAAUUAAGAUCGUUGUUACAUCUCCUGCAGAAGCUUUAUUGAAAUCCCCUGACUUUUUUAUCAAACAAACCGAAAAUGGAAUUGAAUUACAUGAUAUUCCAUCACCAAUUCCAAAUGACUUUGCAAAAGAUAUUGCUGAGACAUGUUUGGCGCAUAUUAUUCGCUCAUCUCCUUCCAAAAUCGAACAUGAAGAGGAAGAAUACAUUUUUCCAAAAACAUUAACGGAGAUCUCAACAGAUAACUUAAUAUCUUUCGAUUUGAUUCUUCCUGAGUCAAUUCCUGACAUUCAAACACCAGAUCAGGCCAUUGCAAACUUCAGAGCAGCAGCUUGGUCACUUUCAAAAGCUCCUAUGAUAAAGAAAAAGCAAAAUGUGAUAAAAGAAUAUCCAUCUUUGGAUGCAGCUGUUUCUGAUAUAAUAACAUCACCUCUAUGGCCAAAAGCACAAACAAUUCAGAGAGAAUUGGUUUUGUAUCUUAAUAAAGAUCAAAAAUUAUUGGAUAUUAUCAAGUAUCUCGGUGAUCUUUAUUUGGUGAAAAGAGGUGAUUUACAUCUUGCUUAUAUAGAAGGCUCAAUUAGAAGAGAAGCUGCUGCAGAUUUUUUCAAAACUCAUCUUGGAUCAAUUCCAUUUUUCGAAUUCAGAUUCACAAAUCCUGAUACAAUCUUAGCUUCCCUACCAAUUAGACUUAGAAAGAUUGUAACAAGAGAUCAGAUUAAAAUCUACAACAAAUACUAUGGAUUGAUGCUCAAAAUGAGAAAACUUCAAUAUGCUUUAUCUAGAAUGAAAAUAUUCCGCUCGAUUAUUUCCAUCCGCCUUCAAUUUUUCCAGUUAAUUAUUGCAUUUCAGCAAACUUUGUUCUUUAAGGUUGAUGUUGGCCUUUUAAGACUCAUUAAAAAGCUGUCCAAUGCCAAAAAUCUUAAUGAACUCAUUAAGUAUCAUGCAGAUUUCAUUAAACUUGUGAAUACUGCUUCUCUAGCAGAGAUUCCGGAUUCACAGGAACAAUUUAACAGACUUUUUGAUUUAGGUUUCAAGCUUUCUAGUAUCAAAGAAGAACCGAAUGAAGAUGAUAUUUUUGACUUCAACGAUGGAUUUAUUACAUUCAAGAGUUAUCUUACUGGAAUCAUGUCUGUUUCUGCUCAGAAUAAUAGCUCAGGACUUGCGGCAGCCCUUUUAAGUUCGAUUAAUGUUAUUAUAUAA